AAUCAACAAUAACAGAAUACUGGAAUCGGUCUCUGAAAAGCCAGGACACUCCGUGGUUUCAGCGCAUAAUGUCACGAAACAGAUUCCAAAUAAUUCUUAAAUUCCUUCACAUAACGGACUACAGAAAAAUACGAAACAGAGAGGACCCUGGUUACAGCCCUGAUUCGAGGUUCAAACCUCUAUUGACCUUUGUCAACAAUCGAUUCAAAGCACUUAAUACGCCACAGAGAGAACUUUCCAUUGACGAAUCCCUAGUCGCUAGCAGAGUAAAAAGUAUUAUGAAACAGUAUAUCCCUAGUAAAGCUGCUAAGUUCGGAAUCAAAUUUUGGGUGCUUGUAGAGGCUUGUAGUGGUUACGUCAUGAACAUGUCUGUAUAUCGCGGUAAAACGUAUGAACCGACACCUAGAGGUGAACAACAGGGAACAAACGUUGUUAUGUACCUGUUACGCGCAUGCGAAUUGCUGUACAAAGGAUAUCAUGUAUUCUGCGAUAGUUUUUUUCUGAUCGAUAAGCCUUGCUAGGUUAUUAUUGUCCAAAGGUACUUAUCUGAC